UGUUAACUAAGUCCUAGUGAGAUAUCAACUUACUAAUUUUGUUAAGAGUGAUCUCUCUCUAUGGCAAAGCAAAUUAGUGUUGAAGUUUCCAAUAUGGUUGCAGCUGCAUUAAUGUUGCUCCUUGGAGUUCUUGUGGCCAACCCAACAACUGUGCAAUCCAUCGGCGUCUGCUACGGAAUGAACGGAGACAACCUCCCCCAGCCGAGCUCCGUGGUGAGCCUGUACGAGUCCAACGGCAUCGGCGCGAUGAGGAUCUACGCCCCCGACACCGCCACUCUGCAGGCCCUGGGGGGCUCCAACAUCCAGCUCAUCCUCGACGUCCCCAACGGCAGUCUCCAGUCCAUCGCCUCCGAUCCGUCCGCCGCCGCCGCCUGGGUCCAGUCCAACGUGCAGGCCUACACUUCCAGCGUCUCCUUCCGAUACAUCGCGGUCGGCAACGAGGUCAUCCCCGGCGGCCAGGCGCAGUACGUUCUCCCCGCCAUGCAGAACAUCUACAACGCCUUAUCGUCCGCCGGCCUCAGCGGCCAGAUCAAAGUCUCCACAGCAGUCUCGCAAGGUGUUCUCGGAACAUCGUAUCCUCCGUCGAGCGGCGCGUUCUCUUCCGACGCUGCGUCGACCCUGGGGCCUAUCGUGCAGUUCCUUGCGAGCAACGGAGCUCCGCUGCUCGUGAACGUGUACCCGUAUUUCAGCUACGUGAGCAACCCGGGGAGCAUCAGUCUCAGCUACGCGCUGUUCACGUCGCCGGGGACGGUGGUGCAGGACGGGCAGUAUAACUACCAGAACCUCUUCGACGCGAUCGUGGACGCGCUCUACGCGGCGCUGGAGGGGGUCGGGGGUUCGAACGUCGGUAUCGUGGUAUCGGAGAGCGGGUGGCCUUCGGGGGGCGGCCCCGCCGCAGCAACGGUCGGCAACGCGCAGACGUACAAUCAGAAUCUGAUCAAUCACGUCGGCAACGGGACGCCGAGGAAGCCCGGGCCGAUCGAGACCUACAUAUUUGCGAUGUUCAACGAGGAUCUCAAGUCCCCGGGGAUCGAGCAGAACUGGGGAUUGUUUUACCCCAACCAACAGCCUGUAUACUCGAUCAACUUCAGUUAAAUGGCCAAAAGUGACAGAGAAAUAAGAGCUUCUCAAUAAUUCGAAAGAUCUAGAAAAAAAUAAUAAUAAAUUUAUUGGAGCCAUUGAUGCACCAAUAUUAUGUAUUCGGAAAAUUCGUGUUAUAAUAAACCGGAUGCUGGGCAAUAAAAUGUUAAACUGUUAAGUGAUGAA